AUGGCGGCUCGCUGGCUGCGAGCCAAGCUUUCUCAGACGAACAGCGAGGAGGGCUUGGCAGUUCACCCAGGCAGUGCAGAUCUCACGCUCAAGCUGAAGGACGUGGAUCCUGCACAAGCGCCUGCACUGGAGCUGAACAUGAGCAGCAAAGUCAGGCCGCGCAUGGCAGCAGUCUGCCAGCGCUCCAAGCCCAAGCAUGCCCACCUCAAAGUCAAGGUGGAGAAUGAUGUCUACUGCUCAUACGCCAACAGGGCAAACUCCGAGUUCAAGUACAGCCCGGUGCCAAGCAACACCAACAUCACCACUCUGUCAGGGGUGAGCGAGUACUCCCCAGAUCUGCCGCGCUUCUUGGGCGUCCCUGCGGGAUUUCUCCUGCCGGUGUACGGCCGCCGCGCGUUCAGCAAGUCGGUGUGGGACAUCCAGAUCCUGGGAGUCCGAGGGGUGGCGAAUCUCGUGAUGAACUACCCCCGCGCGCAGGCCGCCCUGCUGGGCUCGGGAGCGCAGAAUGCAGAGCUGUCGUUCCGCGUGAAGCGCAAGGACAUUGAAGCGCUGCAUAUCUCAGGAGAUGAUCAGUACUAUGACGCAGUGGAUGAGGCUGCUCCCGCUCCCUUCGUGUCAUGCUGGGGCAACAGCCAAACGUGCCCCUUUGCCGCACAGCAGACAGCCCCAACUCAAUCAGGGAGGAUUGCUACCACCACUGCCGCCCUUAGCAGCGCGCCAAAUGACAAGCCGGAGGCGGCAGUUGGCAAGGCUGCGAGGAACGAUGCGAUGCCAUUGCAAAAAGAGGACUGCAUGUGGAACAUGGCGAGGUGGCAGCAGCCGCUGCGAGAUGCGCUGACGGCCGCGGCCGUACCGCUGCACAGCGCGCUGGCCGCCGUCGCGGUGCCGUGCUGGCCGCAGCCGGGCCUCCCGCGCUCAGGCAGCGGCCAGCCAUCGGCCGCCAGCGAUGACGCAUCGCCGCCGGGCGGAAGCUGCCGGGAAGUCGCCGCAGCCGCGGCCGCCGCAUGCGCAGAGCAGACGGACGCCGAGAGCGUUGCCGCGAUGGCCGCAUCGACGGAGCACGAGCCGUGGCUUCUGCUGAGAGCCGACUCGCUGUGGCAGCCGGUCUUCGAGGAGGUAGACACGAUGUCGAUGUGCGGCGAAGACGAGGCGCUAUUCCAAUACCUGGACAACAUUAUGGACGAGAACAGCUCGGAGUUUGCUGACUGUGAGAGUGACACGAGCGCGGAUGAGUGGAUUGAGAGGGCGGAUGAUAUCGUGGCUUGUGCGGUCGGUGUGGCGCCGCGUGACCAGCGAUGCGCGCAGCUGGCCUCCACCGGCAGCAGCGGUUACUGGACGGCUGCCUCCGAUCAUGCGCCAGAUCAGGCGGGCCCUGCCAGCUGGCGGGGUGCCUCAGCAGCGCGCGGCGACCGCUGCAGGGGAGCUGCCGAGAACCUGGGAUGCCGCCAGCGUGCCUCUGCCAGAAGGAGCCAGGAAGACAUGCAGGAGAUGCUGCAGAGGAGGACGGCCUUGUGGUUGCAAAGUUAUGUCUGA